AUGAAGGUUGCCGCCGCCGCUUCUUCGCCGUUACCUGCGGGUCCCGGUGGUUCGUUGAAGGCGGUGAGACCCGGGGAGGCUGCUCGUUGUGGGCCGGGCCCAGGAGUGUCCCCAGGAGCGGCGGAGCAGGCGGCUGCCGCGCUGCUGUACGACAUGAAAGGCUGCUACUCGCGGCUGCGGGCGCUGGUGCCGACGCUGCCACGGCACGGGAGGGUCUCCAAAGUGGAGUUGCUGCAACACGUCAUUGACUACAUUUGGGACCUCCAGCUGGCUCUGCAGCGCGGGCCGUCCCGUCCCGUCCCCGCCAGUGACAACCCUGAGGCUCCGUGCAUCUCGGCUGCUGACCGGAUCCUGUGCCGCUGAGACUACUCCGGACCCUUCACCAACAGCCCCAGGACCCCCGGAGCACUGCGGCUUUUCUGUAUCCCGGGACCCCCGGGGCACAGCUGGGGCCGGCAGCUCUUCCCUGCCUGGGAGAAGCUGCCGGGGAGCCGCGGGCCGUAUCCUUCUCAGAUUUCUGAGAGCAUUCCCCGUAUUGUAUAUUACAAUGAUGCUGCCGAAUAUUGUUCUACAAUAG